UGUGGAACAAACAUGUUACAAUCUGCGGGGCGCUAGGACCUUGCAGGUGAGGAGGAGGCUUUCGUCAGGCGUAUGCUAGCAGUGACUGUAUGCUAGCAGAUACUGUUAAAAGAAUUCAUGAACUGCAAUAACAACAUAGAUUUUAAUACUUUAAUAGAGACUUAGUCAUGUCUCAGGUGGAGAAGAAAGCAGGCCUGUUAAGGAGGACAUCAUCCUCUAAAAAGCCCUUGAAAGAGAAGGUGGUUCUCAUGUAUGAUGAGAUUUUUGCAAAAGAAGACCCAGCCAAAAAUAACCCUCGUUUCUGGGAUGAGCUGUUUCUUAUGAAGGUGAACCUAGAGUACCUGGAGUCAAAGUUGGAGAGUGUGGAUGGGGAGGAUGUCCAGCGCAUUCAAGACAACAUAAACUCUUUGUUUCACCACUGCGUUCAGGCUCUGGGAGAGGAGCACCAGAUCAAAGUGGUCAAUGCCCUGCAGACUCUCUGUGCACUUUUUCGAGGGGUUCACCAGAAGAACAAGUCAGCAUCCGGCUUUGACAUCAUCAACAUGCUCAUGGGGUUUGAUAAGGCUGAGCAAAGGAUGAAGGACCUGAUGGAGAGACUGGACAGCCUUCUCUGUGGAGACAGCUCAGAGAGUCUUAAGAGCCUUUGCCUCAAAUUGUUGCUGUGUUUGGUGACGGUAACAGACAAUAUUAGCCAGAACACCAUACUGGAAUAUGUGAUGAUCAAUAGCAUCUUUGAAGCCAUUCUGCAGAUUCUGUCAGAUGUAUCCAGUAGAGGGCAGCAUGGGUAUGAUGCUGUCGUGCUUCUGGCUCUCCUGGUGAACUAUAGAAAAUAUGAGUCUGUGAAUCCAUACAUUGUGAAGCUCUCCAUUGUGGAUGAUGAGCCAACACUAGAUGGAAUGGGUAUGGUUGUCCACCAAGCUCUGACAGAAUAUAACAGGCAGUACAAAGACAAAGAGGAGGAGAACCAGGGUGGGUUCUUCUCUACCCUCACUAGUAUGGUGGGCAGCAUGUUUAUAGCAGAUGCUGACGAGAAGCUCUCUGUACAGACAAAUGAGGCAAUUCUGCUGGCACUCUAUGAAGCUGUGCAUCUCAACCGCAACUUCAUCACUGUGUUAGCACAGAGCCAUCCUGAGAUUGACAUAGCUGCCACACCUACCACCACUACUCCAACCACCCCUACGACGCCACUUGGCACAACGCCGCCCUCCCUUGACAUGAUGAACAACCCCGAACUGCCUCUGGAUCCCAACCUGCAGACCAGCAAUCUUCUCAUCACCUUCCUCAAGUAUGCCUCCAUUGUAAUGCAGGAUACAAAAGAUGAGCACCGACUCAACAGUGCCAGACUGUGCCUGAUCAUUCUCACCUGCAUAGCUGAGGACCAGUAUGCUGAUGCCUUUCUUCAUGAUGACAAUAUGAACUUCAGAGUCAGUCUCCAUCGAAUGCCCAUGAGGCACAGGAAAAAAGCAGUGGACAAGAACAUCCCAUCACGGCCGCUGGUGUGUGCUGUUCUAGAUCUGAUGGUGGAAUUUGUCGUCACUCAUAUGAUGAAGGAUUUCCCCAUGGAUUUAUACCUGCGCUGUGUGCAGAUCAUCCACAAACUUCUCUGUUACCAGAAGAAAUGUAGAAUCAGGUUACACUACACCUGGAGAGAGCUUUGGUCAGCUCUCAUCAACCUCCUGAAGUUCCUGCUGUCAAAUGAGACCACACUGCUGGCCAAGCACAACAUCUUUCAUCUGGCCUUAUUGGUGGUAAACCUCUUCAACAUGUUCAUAACUUACGGCGACACGUUCCUGCCCACCUCCAACAGCUACGACGAGCUGUACUAUGAAAUCGUACGAAUGCACCAGGUCUUUGAGAACCUCUACUGUAUGGUUCUGAGAGUAUCAACCAACACAGGCCAGUGGAAGGAGGCAGCCAGUAAAGUCACACAUGCCCUUGUCAAUGUUCGGGCCAUAAUCAACCACUUUAACCCCAAGAUUGAGUCGUACGCUGCUGUGAACCACAUCUCUCAGCUGUCAGAAGAGCAGGUGUUGGAAGUGGUACGAUCCAACUAUGACACACUGACCCUCAAACUGCAGGAUGGACUGGACCAGUUUGAGAGAUACUCGGAGCAGCCCAAAGAAGCCGCUUUCUUCAAGGAGCUGGUGCGCUCCAUCAGUCUGAAUGUGAGGAAGAAUGUCUCCCUGAACACGCUGAGUCAGGACGUCCUGCUCAAAGAGUUCUCCACCAUCUCCUGAGACACACCCUUCAACACGGACGUGUAAAUGUACUUUCAACAUAAAACAGAUACAUUAACAAUCCCGGAUUGUUCUUUCCAUAAAUCAUUUUUCAUCUUCUGUGUCCUGUGAACUGGACAGUGGGAAAAUGAUCCUGCAGAGACACUGGAAGGCUGGAUGCAACUUAAGGACAGACCUAAAAACUCUCCAGACUUUGAUCCUUUGUGCUUGUUCAUGUGUGUGUUGAUUUAAAGAAGUGCCCAUAUUGCACUGGUUCCUCGUGCAAUCAGCAGUAUUGGCUGGACUGUUAGCUGAGACUUAAGUUUUGAUUUAUGAUGGUAAAAUAAAAGUAUUUCAGUCCUCUGGUGUUUAA